CUCUGACGUCAGGAGGGGGAGGAGCGGGAGCUGCUGAGAAAAACAACUCCGAACAACAGCACUGACAGAGAGCGCCGAGCCAGAGACCCCGCGCCGACACCAUGUUCCUCCAGCUCCUGAGCCUGCUGCUGGGCUGCCAGCUGAUCUGCGGGACGCCAGCUCCUACACAUGAGCAUAAUCUUGCCGAACAAUCCACAACUCCCCAGCCUUCAGACUUCCGCGUGGAAUCCGCAACUCCCCAGCAAGACAGGUUCCAGCCUCCAGAUCAAGUCAAUGUGGCACAGCCUGUAAUCAGCAUCAGCGAGAGAGUCCAAGUCAAAGGCCGGGACAAGAAGGACCUGGGGACAUUAGGUUACGUCCUGGGAAUUCUCAUGGUCGUGAUCAUCAUAGCCAUUGGCAGCGGCAUCGUUGUUGGAUACAUGUACAAAAGGGGCAGAGAUCUAAAGAAAAAGCAUGAACAGGAAAUUGAGGACAGACGGCUUCAGAGGAUAAAUCUUCCAUUAUCUGCCUUCUCAAAUCCCACUUGUGACAUAAUAGACGAGAACACAAUUGAGGUGUCCAUCAAUCACACCCCUAACGCAGUUCAGGAAGGUACUGUCCCGCUAAUGGACAGUGCGGGAACCCCAGGUGCAUGAAGAGCCAUACAGUCCCUUGUGAUAUUGGAUGUAAACUGAUGAUUUGGUUCAGAUGGCAGUGUCAAAUGUGUCAUGCAUAUCAUCGUGCUGUGUCACUGGGCCGGUGGACUGUGGCAGGAGAAUUGUAUUCCUAAACCGCUCUGAGGACCAGGAGGGGUACCUCUCUGCCAGACAGCUGCAGCCACCAUACGGUUAAUGGUUUAUCCCUAAACCGACUGGCCACACGUUGUCAUGAAUUUGUGGGGGUUGUCAGUACAAUUUUACUCAAUUUGGCUGCCUGUGGCAGCUUUUCCUUCAUUUAUGCAUUUAAGUCUCAUAGACUCCAAAGAUAAAGCGAUCCAGGGAGAAUAAGCUACUUUACGUCGUGAAAGCGGACGAGAAAUCUGCACAGAUCUGAACAUGCGAGCUUGCACCACACCACCAUUCUACAUUUAAUGCCAAGCCCUGGCUGGUAACUCUUUCAGUACCAAUAGCUUCCAGUAAAGUUACCAUUGAGAGCUUGCUUAUUGGUUGACAUGACUAUCCUUCCUAUAUUAAUGUGCUGCUGAGCUGUAAAAAAAAGGACAGAAAUGGAUGUACAAACUGUAAGAAAUGUCUUUAACUUUUUUUUGUAAGAGUGUUUUCUUUCUAUAAAUAAAAAAAAAAUUCAUUCCAA